AUGGCCCGCCCGCUGCCUCAUGCUCCUCCGCCUUUUGCCAGCUUCCGGGUCGGGAGCGAUGGCGGUCACCUUGUUGACCUCUUUUCUUCGACCCUUUUGUCCCAUAAUUUCCCGAGGGCUCAUUUUUCCUGCGCACUGAUACUGCAAAUGCUUCUGCCACUGGUUCAGCCGCCCGCCUACUCGGUAUUUCUACGCCGGCGACUGAGCUUUUGA